GAGAUGUCAAUUUAACUGACACUGACAGACAGACAGGAUCACUCUGGCUAAUAACUAUCAGACAUUACCACACGUUUAUAACUAGUUAGUUUGUUUAGAUCCGGGUGUAAAUUACUUUAAAACUCCCUUUUUCCAUAUUAACAUGUACAGUUCAUGGGAGUCGGAGUCUGAAAUUGUCCAAGAAGAAGACGAGGAGGGAAAACUAUAUCAAUGGAUUUAUGAAAUGACCACAGAGGACAAGGAGGAAACAGAGGAGGUUCAAAUCCCAACCAGCUCUGGGAAUGUGGAAGCUGAUGCUGGAACGAGUGCAGAGGCAGUUGUUACUGAUACUAGGGGACGGAAGGCGAAGACUAAAAAGGCGAAGACUAAAAAGGGAAAGACUAAAAAGGGAAAGCCGUGGAGGAGAGCUGGUGCUGACAUCUCAGAUUACUUUAACUACGGUUUUAAUGAAGAAAGCUGGAACAUCUACCACGACAAACAGGCCAAAGUCCGAGCAGCUAAUAGAAAACCACACACUAAAACCACCGUCCAGAAGGGGAGCACUAGACAUGAAGAAGAAGAAGAGUCCCGUCCUGUUUAUCCUUCCUCUACACUAACGUCCAGACAUCCAAGUGAUGUGAUUGGAGGACGACCAGGAUCCGGCGGCAGAGUGGAAGGACGCCGUCGCCGACGCCAACAUCUCAGUGAUGAAGGAAACAAUUCUCAGACGGCUACUGAGGCGUCCCCCGAGGAGGAUAGAUUCACUUCUCAUCAUCGGACUGCUCCAUCCGAGUUCAAUUCUCUCUUUGCAUUCACCGCUCCACCAACUUUCCUCUACCAAUCAGGACCCCCUCCUCCCUCCCAGUUUGCUGCUUUGGACAGUGGGCUCUCUAAAGGCUCCGACGACCCCUCCACUUCACCACAGCCAUGUUCAUCAGGUGUAUCUUCCGUAAUCCCAAAGAGUUUGACCUCCAGAGCCGGAAUGAUGGACACGGCCAGGGCCUGGGAACGCUACAUAUGGCAGGAAAAGUGUGACAGGGACAGAGACAGAGACAGUGACAGAUCCAGAUCCAGAUCCAGAGAGCACGGCCGUGGUGAUAAAGACAAUAGUAGAGGCCGAGAUAGAGACAGAGAUAGAGACAAGGGGAGCGGCUCCUCUUCACACAGCGUCGAGGAGCGAACGAGGCAAAGAGACACUGCACAGCAGCGAGGACGCAAACGCCACAGCGACAGACCCAACGGAGAAAAAGAAGAAUGGCACGGCGAGAAGAGGAACAGAAACCACGGCGAAGAACGGCAGAAACCAUCAUGCAGCAGCAGCAGGAGGAGGGACGGUGGCAAGGACAGAGACACUUUGAAGAAAAAGAAGGACAAGAAGACCAACAAGAAGGAGAGGAAAUGUGACUGACUUUCAGUCUCUCAAUCUACUUAAUGAGAAGAACGGCCCUGUGGCAUCUUCCUGUACGUAGAGCUGUAGCGGUGAUGAAUUUCCCCUGCGGUCAUAAUAAUUGGUUCAACAGCGCGAUGAUAUGCGGUAUUUUAAGUGCUAUAUAAUUUUUUGUGCUUUAUAAAUUAGCUUUAUUGUAUAUUGUUGCUUUUUAAAUGACAAAGAUGACAGUUU